ACCGCCGCCCAAAACAACCAACACCAUCGAGGCAACACCGCACUCACAGACUCCACAGCCAUAGAUGCGAUCCAGACGCAGUACCAGGCUCAGCGGGCUUCAGGAUUGAGCCUCCAUCUCGCACGAUUGGGCCUCACAGCCUUCCGACUCGGCCUUGCAGUCUUUACCUUGGCUCUGUUUCACUUUGGGAACGCAGAUCAUGACGGAGAAGAACGAUUGCCGCAGGAUCCGCAUUACAGUCUUUUGGACGAUGGCAUCCAAGCGAUGACAUGGUUCUAUGCGCUGGCGCUGUCGUUCGUGUAUCUGAUCUGGCCGGCCGUCGCAUCCAAAUUCUGGAUCCGUCCACAGAUGGAUGGUUUCUAUAUUCUAUCCUUGAUCCUGUCGUCCAUGGCGCUUUACAGGGCCGAGGUUUUGACGUUGCCGUUCACAGAAUGGCCCGUGUGGCUAAAGAUGGAAAGCGCGGCGUGGUUGACGAUACUGUCGUUGGUCUGGGUGACUCUACUGACGAAGCCGAUGCAAAAGUUGGUGAAGAUGAAGGUUCCGAAGGAAGGGGAGAAGGUGAGAACCCCAUCGAUGGAAUAUGCGUCUUCGCUGUACGGGCGGUGCGCCUUCGCAUGGGUGAAUUCAUUGGUGUAUCUGAGGUACAGGAGGCCGAUCCAGGAUGAGGAUUUGCCGGAGCUGGAGCCGACGGAUCAGUCCAAAUAUUCGGUUCGCAAGUACAAGGCUGUUCAGAAAAAGUCGUUUACUCAGUCGCUCUUCAUGGCUCUUCGGCGCGACUUGAUUAUGCAGUUCCUGUGCUCGAUUCCUUUCAGCAUCUUGAUCGUUGCACAGCCUUACUUCCUGAACAGGAUUGUCAAGUACAUCGAAUGCAAAGAUUGUGGUGCACCGACGUACGAAAAUUACGCCUGGGUCUUUGCGUUGCUCGGUUGCGCGAUCCUCGAAUCUGCUGCUCAGCAGACGGUCCUUCAUCGCAGUCGUCGUCUGUAUAUGCACUUGGUCUCGAUCUGUAAUGCGGCCGUAUUUGCAAAGGUCUUUCUUCGAAAGGACGUCGCCACGCUUGCGAAUGAUAAGCCCGAGGAAAAAGAAGGCGGUGGUGAACAGGCAGAUGCCGCUGCCGCCCCAAAGAAGGACCGUACCAUGAACAUUUCCAAUUUGGUUGGAGUGGACAUCAAGGAGAUGGAGAACACGGUGAGCUAUUUGCACGAGAUCUAUGGCUUUCCCAUCCAGUUCGGUCUGUCUACCUACCUUCUCUAUAAUCUCCUGGGAGCUGCCUCGAUCAUCGGAAUCGUUUUCAUGGUCAUCACUCUUCCUAUCCCAGGAAUUCUCUACUCGGCUCUCAACAAACUGUUCGAAAGCAUCAUGGGCAUCAAGGAUGACCGUAUGGACUACCUGACCGAGAUGUUAUCUGCAAUCCGUAUUGUCAAGUUCUUUGGCUGGGAAUCGAAGUUUGUCGAAAAGAUCACAGCGGCUCGUGAGCGCGAGCUUUCUCAGAUCAAGAAGACGUUCGUCCAGGGAGCGGUCGCGAACAUUGCCUGGUCGAUUGUGCCGUUGCUCAACAUCCUCGUCUUGAUUCUGAGCUACACCAAGUAUUAUGGACACGAGAUCACGGCUUCGGUCCUGUUUACGACCCUGUCGCUCUUCAACAUCAUGCGCAGUUCUCUGGAUCAGAUUCCGUGGAUUAUCAUGGGCUCGAUGCGUGCAGUAGUCAGUUUGAAGCGUAUCUCGAGAUUCCUAGCUGAUGAGGAGAUAGUCAAGGAUACGACUAUCACCAGGCUUGAUGGCAAGGCCCGUGUUGCCUCGGCACCUCAGGAUCACCCCGUAAUUGGAUUCGUCAACGCCACGUACGCCUGGCCCAACAAGGAGCAGGAGCAGGCUGCAGAGACUAAGGCUUUCAAGAAAGAACCCUUAUCCAAGAGGAUCAAGGGCUGGUUCUCCAAGAAGCCUGAGGCUGCACCUGUAGAACCUGCUGCUGAAUCCGAUGUUGUCCAGGAACGAUUCAAGCUGAAGAACAUUUCCGCUGACUUCCCUGUCGGAAAGCUGUCGUUGAUCGUCGGUCCUACGGGGUCUGGAAAAUCCGCCCUGCUGCUGGCCCUUCUCGGUGAGCUCGAACGUCUGGAGGGACACAUGUACCUGCCCCGCCUGGAUUAUGAUGAGAUCCACAACUAUGAGCGCGGAUCCGGUAUCGCCUAUGUCUCUCAGACGGCCUGGCUCCAGAACUCAACGAUCCGUGCAAACAUUCUGUUUGGCAAGGAGUUCAACCAAGAGCGUUACGACGCUGUUGUCGAGGGAUGUGCGUUGAUAACGGACUUUGAGAUCCUUGAGGGCGGGGACGCGACCGAGAUCGGAGACCAGGGUAUCACCUUGUCUGGAGGACAGAAGCAGCGACUUGCCCUUGCUCGCGCGAUUUAUUCUGAUGCGAACGUGUUGCUCCUCGAUGACUGUCUCUCGGCUGUGGAUACCCACACUGGCAAGCAGCUCUUCCAGACCUUGACCGGACCCCUCCUCGAGGGCCGCACCGUCCUCAUGGCUACUCACCAGAUCCAGCUGACGCUGAAUGCAGCCUCCUACGUCGUUGUCCUGGAGAAGGGCGAGAUUUUGGGCGCGGGAACACCCGAGACAGUGAUGCGCAGCGGAUGGGUCGACCGCGUUGCUCUGGCGACUCCUAUUGGCGACGACGAGAGCGAGGUCAGCACCUUGGACGGCGAGGAGGCCGCCAAGAAGGCUAAGAAGACCGAUGUCAAGAAAAGAGUCGCGCCCAAGCUCACGGAGGAUGAAAAGAAGGAGGAGGGAUCGAUUCCAUUCAGGGUUUACAAGGUUUACUUGUCUGCGGCGGGCGGUUGGCCUUUCUGGAUCAGUCUAUUUCUGUUUGAAAUCUUUCGCGAAGGAGGCAACCUUGCACAAAAUACCUGGUUGGCGAUGUGGGCCAACGCUGUGGCGAGAGAGACCGGAUCGUUUGUCAUCCAGGCCUUCCAGGCGGUCGUACCUGAGUCUAUUGCUCUGUCUCUGUAUUCGGCUUUCGGUCCCAAGAACAGUGGAGGGUAUGGCAUAAUGACGAUGGCCUUGUUUGGAAAGGGCACACAGGAGUCUGUCAAUGUGGAGUACUACCUGGGCAUCUACACCUUGAUCGGUGUUGUUCAGAUGCUGUUUAAUGUCGCGACCAACUACUAUGCGAUGGUCGUCGGAAACGUCACCGCUUCAAGGGUGCUACACGCCGAACUGCUCUACAAGGUCUCGCGCGCCAAGAUCCGCUUCUUUGACACGACCCCGAUCGGCCGUAUCAUCAACCGAUUCAGCGCUGAUAUGUCAACGAUCGAUGAGCAGGUGCUCUUUGGUCUGAACAUAUUUAUGAACACCAUUAUCUCCAUCAGUGGCCUUGUCCUUGUCAUCUCGAUCAACAUGCCGGCGUUCUUGAUCUCUGCGGUUUUUAUUGUCGGAAUCUAUGUUGUCAUUGGUAUCCUCUUCGUUCCUAUCUCACGCGACCUCAAGCGCCUGAAUUCAAACUCUCGUUCGCCGAUUCUGAACCAUUUCAACGAGACCCUGAACGGUGUUGCGACCAUCCGAGCGUUUGGAUUCCAGGACCGAUUUCUGUCGACGAACUUGACGAACCUUGACAACAACAACCGGACGUUCUUCUUGCUUUGGUCAACGAACCGAUGGCUGCACUGGCGUGUGGAUUUGACAGGCGCUCUGGUAUCCUUCAGUACCGGUAUGCUGAUCCUCCGCAAGUGGGAUAGUAUCGAGCCAGGCUGGGCAGCUAUGAGCUUGUCUUACUCGCUUACGUUCACGAUGCAGAUGGUGUGGGUGAUCCGGAUGUAUGCGCAGAACGAGAUGAACAUGAACGCAGUCGAGCGUGUGGCCGAGUACAUGCAUUUGGAAGAAGAACCUCCAGCAAUCAUUGAGGGCUCCCGUCCCCCGGCCUCGUGGCCCCAUGCUGGUGAGAUUGAAGUCGAGCAUUUGACUGUGAAGUACGCGGCAGAUACACCCGAUGUGCUCAAGGAUAUCUCGUUCAAGAUCAGGGCUGGAGAGAAGGUCGGUGUGGUUGGCCGUACUGGAUCUGGCAAGUCGACGUUGGCGAUCAGUUUGUUCCGGUUCAUGGAGCCAGUACGAGGCAGUAUCCGUAUCGACGGCAUUGAUAUCGGCAAGAUUGGUUUGCAUGAUCUGCGAACAAACUUGACGAUUAUUCCUCAGGAUCCAGUUCUGUUCAAGGGUACGCUGCGCUCGAACCUCGAUCCGUUUGGCGAACGUGAGGACCGAGAGCUCUGGGAAGCUCUGCGACGCAGCCAUUUGAUCCCUGCGGACAGUGCUCCGACUCUGGCUCCUGUGGCGAUUGCUGCAGGGUCGUCAAGCAAUAGCAAGGAUGCGCCUGCAGCCGUGUCACCCGCUGGCUCGAUCAAAGGCUCUACCUCCGGUGACAGCGAGAUUGUGGACCCAUCUAGGAUCACAUUGGACACUGCCGUGAAGGAGAACGGCUCGAACUUUUCGCAAGGUCAGCGUCAACUAGUCGCGUUGGCCCGUGCGCUUGUGCGUCAGCCCAAGGUGAUCAUCAUGGACGAAGCGACGGCGAGUGUGGACUUUGAGACGGAUCUGAGGAUCCAGACGACGAUCCGGGAGGAGAUGGCGGAGGCGACGAUUCUUACGAUCGCACACAGGAUCAGGACGAUUGCGGAUUUCGACAGGGUGUUGGUGUUGAACCAGGGAGAGAUUGCAGAGUUUGAUACGCCGUAUGCGUUGAUGAGGAAGGAGAAUGGUGUGUUUAGGUCGAUGUGUGAGCGUUCUACAGAGUUUGACACGCUCCUGGCGCUCGCUGAGGCCAAGGAAAAGAAGGAUAGACAACAACAGCAAUAGGACCCAAGAGAUUCUCAUAAACUAAAAAUAAACAAUAAAAGCAUUAGAAGA